UGAUAACAACUUCCGGUGUGGUAGAAACUUCAAAGUGGACAGGUGUUUGUACAGGUGAUAUUUAAGACAACAGUGUUACUAUGGGUGUAGAUUUGACAAUAAGUUUAAUACUGGCGGUUUUUACAGUGUUAUUGGCGUCUGUUAAAUCCGAAGACGUGCAGGUUUUGAGUACCUACGGGUAUGUUAAAGGAUUCUCCAUACGUUCACACUACUCCGCCUAUUACACAAAACGUAUCAACAUAUUUCUGGGGAUACCGUACGCUAAACGACUGGAGCAAUUUGACGACUGGAGACGAGACUUCAGAUUCCGUAAACCUGAAGAUCCGUACUGGCAAGGUGUAUGGGAUGCGACCUACUACCGGCCAGCCUGUCCCCAGCACAUGUGGUAUAUCCGGGAGACUGUACCAAACCUAAAGAAACACAAUGUCAGCGAGGACUGUUUAUUCUUAAAUAUAUUUGCUCCACACAACACGUUGGAGCCCCCCAGUAACAGUCCCAGUCUGUAUCCAGUCAUGGUGUUUAUACAUGGGGGAGGGUACACACUCGGGAGCUCCCACCAGUACCCAGGGGUCUUCCUGGCAGAGAGGGGGGUUGUUGUGGUCACUUUCAACUAUCGACUCGGCCCACUUGGAUUUCUUAGCACCAAUGAUCAGAAUUCCGGAGGAAAUUAUGGGAUGUUUGACCAAGUUAAGGCUCUGGAAUGGGUCAGACUCAACAUUGAGCGUUUCCGUGGAAACCCAAAUGUUGUUACCUUGUUUGGUCAAAGCACUGGAGCCGCAAGUGUAGGUCUGCACUUAUUGUCCCCACGAUCAGACAAACUGUUCCAGCGAGCCAUCCUUCAGAGCGGGUCAGAUCGUAGUGAGUGGUCGUACAUAGAGGGAACUACUGCAGCAGAAUAUGCCAAGGACCUGGCCUGGGAGCUCGGCUGUCCCACGGACGAUAACUUCCGUCUGGUUCAGUGUAUACAGCUGUAUAGAACGGCUGACGAAAUCGUGAAUGCAUCGGCUAAAGUUCCAACUCGGAAUGGGUAUGUCGGAAACCCUUGGGGACCUACGGUAGAUGGUCCAAUCAAUGGAGCCUUCUACGCCUUCCUCCCAGAUAGUCCCAAGUCCAUGAGGGAACAGGCCUACUUCAAAAAGAUCAAAAUCAUGGCGGGGAUAAAUAGAGAUGAGGGAUCUCUCUUUGUUCCUAAUCUGAAGACAUUAGAGGGUGGGAUAUCCACGUCCCAGUUUGGGAACAUUAUAAAUGAGUUUCUGGUGGACAGAAAGGUGGAGGACUUGACAGGUACCAGCCAGGCAGUCAAGUUUCAGUACACGUACUGGCCGGACCCUCAGAACGAGUCGAUGAUCAGAACGAGGAUGUCCGAUAUGAUGUCCGACUACAUGUUUGGGGCAGGUCUAGACCAGGUAGUCAAAGUCCAGGCUCUGUACAACAAAACCUUCGUGUACGAGUUCAGUUAUUACUCCUGGAACGACUAUCUCCCACACUGGAGGGGUGUCUCCCAUGGACAGGAAUUACAGUAUGUAUUUGGGUUUCCCUAUUUCAACAAAACCUACUCUGAUCUUUUUGGUCUGUAUCCACGACAACGUUAUGACUACGCAGACAGGAACGUCAGCGAAUAUAUGAUCAGUCUUUGGACAAAUUUCUCCUCCAGUGGAGACCCAACUCCAAGGAUCUUCGACUUAAAAUUUUUCCGUGGAGUGACAUGGGGCGAGUAUAACCUAUACAAUCACAGCUAUUUGUGUAUUGGCAACUUUUCACGCAACCUAACCAACUACCGACAGAAGGAUUAUGGCUUUUGGCGAAAGUACUUCCCUCAGAUCGCCAUACGACCCUAUUUUAUCACGACCACAAUACCACGGGAGGCUGCUAAGGCGGAGUUCCAGACCGCCACCUGGUCACUUACGGCAGCGGCUGGUCUUCUGAUCAUCAUCAUUCUGGCCAUGUGUAUUGUGUUGUAUCGCAGACGGCCAAAAGACUACUGACUGAAACUUAGUCUUAGAUUCCAUAUAUGAAAAUUUCACAAUAUUUCAUGUUGACGGCCUUUUAUUCUAUGUAUAGUUUGUGAUAACACUAUCAGGUAUGGUCAAUUGUGAGAACACUCUCAGUUUUAUGAAAAUCUUCACCCUGAAAUAAAAAUCAAUGUAAUAUAUCUCAGGUGCAAUUUGAUAGUUAAUUGUAUGGGAUGAAUGUACUUUUUAAUUAUUGCUUAAUAUGCUAAAUAUGUAGUGAAAGGGAGAAAAAUAUAAAUUUGUUCCAAUAACUGAUACUGAUUAUAUAAUAAAACCUGAAAUAUUCAAGGUAACCUGAUACACACAAAUUUAAAGAACCUGGGAAAAGAUCUUUUACAAAUAGUGAUUAUAACUAAUUGGUAAUGGAGAUGACGCUAACACAAAUGUUGCCAUGUUGAACUAAACUAUACAACACUGAUUUAAUGAAUUUUUCCUAACAAGAAAAUAUCCAGACACAUUUUGAAAUUAACCCCAUUUUUUCAUUAGAGAUUUUAUUUAUAUAAAUUUGGCUGUAAACUGAUGUGAAGAUGUUUGGUUGGUAAAAAACAUUCUCAAAUAAUUCUUCUUUUAAUAAUGAUAAGAACAUAUUUUUAAGAGUGAUUCUGACAUAUUUUAAACGCAAAAAUGAAAAAUUAGACAAUGCAUUUUACUCAUGUUUUAUUUAAGUUGGUUCAAUAUGUGUUUUUUCUUUUGUUUUCUUACAUCUUGAGGAGAAAUUUAAUUUGUAAAAUUUGCAAGGUGAGGUGGUUGAUUGAUUUUUCCAUAUUUGGCAUAAUCUGUAAAUGUCAAGGAAACAUUUAACUGCAAUGUUUAUAUACAUGUAUAUAAUUACAAUUUGUAUACCUCUAUUUUUAUAUGGUUGAAUGUUUGAUUCUGAUAUAAAUAUUGAUGUAGUGAUUGUGCCAUGUCCUUUUGUAUAUUUCAAUCAUGACCAUAAAUGGUUGCAGUAUAAUAACUUCAUUAUCAAAGAUUUUUAUCGUUUUCAAGUGUACGUAUAUUGAUUCCUGUGUUGCUUAAAUGCACUUUACGAAAAGAAAUUGAUGAUGUUAAUUUUGCUUGCUUCUUUAGGGAUGUAGGAAAAAAUUCUGAUUUUCUAAUUAGAUAUAGGUUGCUUGCAGUUUUUGUAUUUAAAAUGUCAUCAACCCACAUUGUAUUUAAAAUGUCAUCAACCCUCAGUAGCAGUUGUGUAUGUAUUUUUCUUGUGUAUCAUAGAUCUCCCACUAACAGCUUUAGUCGUCCCCGACUGGUAAUAUCUGAGGGAAUAGGGGUCGCGUUUAAUCUGUCUAUGAAUUAGUUUGUCACAUAUUGUGGAAUAUCUCUUAUACUCUUUCACAUUUGUUUAACUCAUUCACCCCUGCAUAUCUAAAGUGGACUUGUCCAGUCAUUGAUUUGGUGAGGUUACAAUGGGACUUUGGGGGUGAAUGAGUGUUUAAUUUAGAAUAUGACAUAAGGUGGUGAUUUCUAAUCCAUGAACAAAUAGUAUGAUAUAUACCCGCUAUAAAUAAACUGCAGGUGUAUUUAAAGGCAAUUAUGUGUACCUUUAGGUACAUUAAUGAACUGCAGUUAUAGGUGAUUUUUAAGAUAUUAUUCUAAGAUUGAAUCACUAAUAGAUAAUUUAGAAGUUCUAGAAAAAUGGGGCAAAUGAAACUGAAAAAAGAAAUAUUUCAAUUCAUUGUUAAAUAUGUGUUUUAUAAAAUUGCUGGUUCAGUAAGAGAACAAUGAUAUAAUUGUGUAAUUGUAUACAUUUUCACAAGGUAUUUGAACUGCGAUUGACUUUUCUUACUGACAUAAACUACAUAUCAUAUGAAAAAUUAAAUUGUUGUACAAAUGUGACUUACUUGAAUGCGUGACUACACUGUACAAAGGUUUUCAUUGUAAAUAGACAUUUUAUGACAGCAGCAUUCCAAACAUUGUGACAGUAUUGUUGGCAAAACAUACAUCAUAAUCUUUUUUAUCAUACCAUUCAUUUCGAUAUUUGGUGCAAAAUUGAAGUUUUAAAAACGUUAUUUUUACUAUUGAAGAAUUAUUAAAUAGGUAUCAUUGGUGACCAUCAGUUUGUAUAUACAUAAUGUAUCUAUUAGAGCAGCAGCCAGUGUCUAGGUUUCACAAGAUAACUUACAAUUGUCCCUCUAAAUAAUACUGUAUACUGGGAAUUUUUUGAGGCAAUGUAUCUUUCGCCUUUUUUCGCCCUCCUCAAUGAAUGUGAAUUUACUAGGACAGCGGCUAUAAGUACACGACAUACAAUAUAAAGUAGUUACAUGUAAAGGGCGAAAUAAACACUAGACAAAAAAUAGUUUUAUCGGCAAAGAGUGAAUAUUUGGUUGGGCAAAACGUUCCUGGUAUACAGUAUCCCCUAGACUGGCUAUUGGUCCUUACAAAAAUGUAUAUGAUAUAAAGCUGUUAUUGGUGCCCUAAGCUAUCUAACGCUAUCAAAUGGUCACUUGACCUCUUUAAAUGUGUUUGAUACGUUUCUGCCAUUCUGUUUAUAUAUAUAUCAUACUCCGACUGGCCAUUUGUCACUAUAUUUCAUUAAUAACUGUAACUGGUCCCCCACAGAUAUGCUGUAGACUAGAUGCACUAGACUGGUCACUACUCUCUGUAGUCCUUAGAUUUCUAUAAAUGUUUAAUUGUUUCCAUCACCCUUUAUAGCCAGUAGACAGUCCCUGGGACUCUAUCACAGUCUCCCUGCCCUUCUCCCUUAUUUCAUGUUCGGAUUGUCCUGCAAACUGUAUGGAGCUGAUACUAAAGAUUGUUACCCACUAGUUUUUACUCAGCGUGGUUGUUGUUUAGAUUUGUAUUUGCUGCAUUAGGAUUUACGUACUAUUUCUUCGUGUUGAAAUAUUCCCUCUUUGCAUAUUGCAGAGUUAUCUUCUCUAUGGAGCAGGUAUUGAUUGUUAUGUCAUUGGUUUGUGUGAGAAAAUU